UCAGGCACAGUGAGAGGCGGGGGGGGGGCAGCUUUGGCAGCAGAGCAGCCUGCUUGUUUUAAAUAAGACUUCUCUAUUCGCUGUCAGCGUUUAUUCUCCAUCCUCCAGUUCUGCCUCUACAGCCAAACAUGGCCGAAUCCUUCGGGAGCAACAAGGAAGCGGAGCGCGUCGGUUACAUCACGCGAGUCCAGAGCUUCAGCGCGUGCCACCGACUCCACAGUCUUAAGCUGAGUGACGAUGAAAAUAAAGAAGUCUAUGGAAAGUGCAAUAAUCCCUACGGUCAUGGACACAACUACAAGGUGGAGGUGACUGUGCGUGGAAAGAUUGAUCCAGUAACUGGCAUGGUCAUGAACCUGACUGACCUAAAGAGGUGUAUUGAGGACGUUAUCAUGAUUCCUCUGGACCACAAGAACCUGGAUAAGGACGUUCCUUACUUUGCCAAUGUAGUCAGCACCACAGAAAACCUGGCCGUUUACAUCUGGGACAACAUGGUGAAGGCUCUUCCUGCCAGCCUGCUCUAUGAGAUCCGGAUUCACGAGACGGAUAAAAACAUUGUUAUAUAUCGAGGAGAGUAAACUGUACUGACUGCUCAAUGCGCAUUCUACUUCCUCAGAUGGAUUUAAAGCUUAGCACUCUCAUUGUUACUCUUACAUUUCAAAUGUUCAGCAUUGUCAAUAAAGGCUUAUUUUUAAUAAAGCCAUCCAGCAUCAUGUAUACCAACAAUUCAAUGAUUUAAAAUAGCAGCCCUCACAACAGAAAGUGAAAUUCUUUGUUAAAUUAUUGUACUUAAAUAUUGAAAAUGACCUUUAACAUUAAUAAUUGUAGAUGGUCAGACAAAUUUGUAAUGUAAGCAUUUAUGAGCCAGAAGUGAGUCAUUCAGUCACUAGUGCUGUUCCACAUGUGACAAAAAAAA